AUGCACCCAGGCUACACAGGCCAUUUGGAUGGUCACAAGGUGGAGAAUGUCUUCGGGGCCACCUUUGGAGAGGCACUCCUGGUGGGUGAAGCAGCCAGACACCGGCGUGCGCGGGGCUGCCAACCUGGUGAUGAUGUGGUCACGCGGCGGACGGCUCGGACUCAUAAUUUUGACAAUGGCUCCUUGAACACGACCUGGGGAAGCAAGUUGGGGCAUGACGAGCCGUUGGCAAAGACCACCUCUGUGUUCCACAACCAUCGUGGUCAUGGAAUCCGUGCUGGCGCCGCCGUGCCCGGCUACUGCGGUUUCAUCCCCAGCAAGGUGGCCGGGAAUUGCUUCGGCAAGCGCAUGGCCCUCGACAACCUCCACGCCACAGAGAUGCGGAAGAUCAACGACGAGGCGUGCUGGCUCAGAGCCGCGAACGAGGGCGGAGUGCAGCGGUGGAGAGAAGGACAAGAACAACACCUAUAUGUUUGA